AUGGGUCUCUCGCCUGGAUUUACUGUCCUAAUUAUUUUACCGGCCUUUCUGCUGCACACCAGCGGCCUUUACAUCGCCAGUAGCGUUGACUCCCUGCAGCAUGUCCUGGGGGAGUAUGGACUGGUGAGGCCGAUCAGUGUGGACGCAGAGGGCCGCUUCCUGUCACACGCCGCCUUGGCUAGCCGCAUGGCAGGAGGGCAGUCCCGUAGGCGCCGGAGGAGGGAGGUAGGAGUAGGCAAUGAUGAGUGGGAAGAACCAAAAGGAGAGCCUAUGGCCUUUCGGCAAAGGCUUUACUACAACGUCACCAUCUUCGGCCGGGAAUUCCACCUGCGUCUGCACCACAAUGCCAGACUGGUGGCCCCCGGAGCCAAGAUGGAGUGGCAUGAUGACAGCGACAGCACCCGGCAUUCUGAGCCACUGCAUGAUGAAUGCUUGUACGUGGGGGACAUCACAGACACACCAGGAGCCUCUGUGGCUAUCAGCAACUGUGACGGCCUGGCUGGUAUGAUCAGGAUGGAGCAGGAGGAGUUUUUUAUCGAGCCAGUGGAGAGGGGUGACGGAGUGAGAGAAGAGGAGGAGGAAGGAGGGAGGAUGCACGUCGUCUAUCGCUCCUCCGCCGUAAAGAAAGCGCCCAUCAGCAGCACGGCCGCAGACUACCACUCCAGAGGUGCUGACCUCGGCAGUCUGAUGGACCUGGAGUCUCUGUACCGCGGUGUGGAGCAGAGUAUCAACCACACGCGAGCGGGGCGAAUGCGCAGGCAGAGCCUGGACAGGGCCUACAACAUCGAGGUGCUGCUGGGCGUCGAUGACUCGGUGGUCCAGUUUCACGGGAAGGAGCACGUCCAGAAGUACCUGCUCACACUCAUGAACAUUGUGAAUGAGAUCUACCAUGACCAGUCUUUGGGAGCAAAGAUCAAUGUGGUGCUGGUGAGGAUUAUCAUGCUGGGCUACGGCAAGUCCAUGAGUCUGAUUGAACUGGGGAACCCAUCUCAGAGUCUGGAGAACGUGUGUCGCUGGGCCUUCCUGCAGCAGAAGCAGGACACGGGGGACGCUGAGUAUCACGAUCACGCCAUCUUCCUCACACGCCAGGAAUUUGGCCCCACGGGCAUGCAGGGUUACGCCCCGGUGACGGGCAUGUGCCAUCCGGUGAGGAGCUGCACUUUGAACCAUGAGGACGGUUUCUCCUCUGCCUUUGUGGUGGCACACGAGACCGGACACGUGUUGGGGAUGGAGCACGACGGCCAGGGGAACCGCUGUGGAGACGAGGUGCACAUGGGCAGCAUCAUGGCUCCGCUGGUGCAAGCUGCCUUCCACCGUUUUCACUGGUCCAGAUGUAGCAUGCAAGAGCUGGGACGCUACCUUCAUUCCUAUGACUGUCUCCGUGACGACCCCUUUGACCACAACUGGCCGUCUCUGCCUCAGCUUCCUGGUUUGCACUACUCCAUGAAUGAACAGUGUCGCUUUGACUUUGGUGUGGGCUACACGAUGUGCACCGCGCUACAAAAGGCGGGCCAGUCAGGAACGCAGUAUCGCACCUUUGACCCGUGUAAGCAGCUGUGGUGUAGCCACCCAGACAAUCCCUUCUUCUGCAAGACCAAGAAAGGGCCACCCAUUGAUGGCACCAUGUGCGGGAAUGGCAAGCACUGCUUUAAAGGUCACUGCAUCUGGUUGACACCUGACAUCAUAAAGCAAGAUGGAAACUGGGGAACGUGGAGUGAGUUUGGCCAGUGCUCCCACACCUGCGGUGGAGGAGUACACUUUCGCACACGUGACUGUGACAAUCCUAGACCAGCCAACGGGGGCCGUACCUGCAUGGGGGCGACUCACCAGUUCCAGAUGUGCAACACCAACGAGUGCGAGGAUAUCUACAGUGACCCGCGAGAGGAACAAUGCCACGCUUGGGACCCCCGCUUUGAAAUCCACAGCGACAAGCACCACUGGCUGGCUUAUGAACACACAGACCCUAACAAACGCUGCCACCUGCAUUGCCAAUCCAAGGAGUCCCGAGACGUGGUCUUCAUGCAGAGAGUGGUCCUGGACGGCACACGCUGCUCAUACAAGGACCCGCACAGUGUGUGCGUGCGUGGGGCGUGUGAGAAAGUGGGCUGUGACGGUGUGGUUGGCUCCUCAAAGCAGGAGGACAAGUGUGGAGUGUGUGAAGGAGACAACUCCAGCUGCAAAACCUUCAAAGACACCAUCAUGCGUACUGCCAAGAAACAAGGUUUCCUCAAAGUUCUUGAAAUCCCCAGAGGUGCGAGACACUUACUGAUCCAAGAGCUGAAAGCAACCUCACACACCUUAGCUGUAAAGAAUGUGGCAUCAGGGCUGUUCUUCUUGAACGGGGAAAACGAUUACCCAGAAUCCCGCUCGGUGAUAGAAACGGGCGUGGAGUGGGAAUAUGAGAAUGACAACGACAAGGAGACACUUCAGACCACUGGCCCUCUCAGACAUGGAAUUCUGAUCAUGAUGAAAUUGCAUGGAGAUGAGGAUGUGAAUUUGUCUUAUAAAUACAUGAUGAACAUGGACAGUGACUCUGCCAUUCAGAACAACAUGCUGGUAGAGGACAGUGCCUAUGAGUGGGCUCCAAAGAGAUGGUCCUACUGCUCUAAGGCCUGCGGCGGAGGGAAGCAGUACCUGCGAUACGGAUGCAGAAAAAAAGUUGACAGUAAGAUGGUCCAUAAGAGCUUCUGUAACAAAUCCAACAUGAAACCUAGAGGAGACACCAGAGACUGCAACCAAAAGCCCUGCCCCCCACCCAUUUGGGUGACAGGGGAGUGGCAGAACUGCAGCAAAGCAUGUGGAAAGACAGGGAUGCAAAUCCGCUCAGUCAGCUGUGUCCAGCCGUCAGAUGACAACACCACACGCUCCAUCCACAAUAAACACUGCAACGACGACCGGCCCGAGACUCGCAGACCCUGCAACCGACACUCCUGCCCGACCCAGUGGAGAGUUGGACCGUGGUCGCAGUGCUCAGUGUCAUGUGGUAACGGGACCCAGCAGAGGCAGGCGUUGUGCCACACCAGGGACAACACCAUCGGCCUGUGUCUGGACAGUAAGCCCGACACCAUCAGAGUCUGUCGCAUGGAUCCAUGUCCCAAGGGCUCGUCAGACCUCAACAAGAACGGCAACAUCCUGAUCCAGUGGCUGUCUCGCCCCAACACCAACUACCCGAAGAUCUCCUCACGCCGACGUUGUCAUGGAGACCGCUCUGUGUUCUGUCGUAUGGAGGUGCUGAAACGCUACUGCCCUCUACCGGAGUACCAGCGCAUGUGCUGCAAGUCCUGCAGCAAUGUCACCAUUGCAGAGCCUCCACCCAACUCCACUUCCACAUCCAUCCUGCUCAGUGCUUCUCCACCCACCUUCAGCUCAGGCGUCAACACCAUCCGACCCACCAGAGCUGUCGUCACCACCAUUUCAGCCUCUAACAUCAAUCCCCAGACCACCACUCAUCCUCCUACCUCGAUUACUGCUUUUCCUCAUUCCACCGCUUCCCAACUAAGUACUACACAAAUGAUCACCACUCAUCCUCCAGCAGCCACCAGUGCUCCUGUCCUCCCUACUACAUUUUCCAUGGCAACGACCUCAGUUAUCACAACUUCUCCCAGUGUUACUGGCCAUCCACUACCUCUGCCUGUCCCAGACAUAGACGUGAACACAGACCCACAAUUACAGAGCACUACAAAUAGUCCAGCAACAUUUUUUAUAACUGCCACACAGCUUCCAGCAUCAACCAGUCCAACAAUGACAAAUCCAACAGAAAGCAGUACAAAAACAGGCGCUACACAAAAACCAAAGCCCAAAAAGAUUCCGCCAAAGAAAACCUCCAAAAAGGUGAUUCCACCAAAGGUCAAUCCAAAGAAGAAUACUGCACUAAAAAAUACUACAAGAAAAGCGGUUCCACCAAAGAUCAAUCCAAAGAAGAAAACAAGUGAUAUUUCAAAAAAGAAAACCCCAUCGAACAGCAAUCCCCCCAAAAAUGGACCGGACAAAACAACUCCAAAAAAGACUACUCCACCUAACACUACUCCAAAAAAGACUGCUCCACCUAACAUUACUCCCAAACAGACUACUCCACCUUACACUACUCCCAAAAAGUAUAUUGCACCAAACAAUACUUCGCCAAAUACUACUCCUAAAAAGAUUCCCCCUGUAAAGACCGGUCUCAAUAAGACUCCUCCAGUAAAGAAGACUCCAGAGAAAAUACACAAACCCACACUUAAAAAGGAGGCUCCUCCAAAAGCCAAUCCCAAAAAGAAAAUUCAGCCAAAGACAAAAGUUACAAAGAAAAAACAAACAAAGACAAAGCCUCAAAAGACCCCAAAACUAGGUCCCAAAAACACCACAUUCUUUCAGGCCAAAGUUAAUCAGACUAAGAGUAACCCAAAAAAGAAAACACUUAAAACAAUGCCUUCAUAUUAUACCACAGCCCCCACUCCAUAUACAACUCCAGAACAAGUGAGGGAGUACUUUUCUUCCACUAUCUCAUCCAGCACCAGUGAAUAUGCAACAGCUGCAGGCAUGUUGCCUGAGUCCAGAAUCAACGCUUCUUACAUCAAUAAUAAAACAGCAAAUAUAGAUGAAACUCCACUGUGGUAUCAUGAUACUUCAACGACAACACCCAGCACUUUUGGUGACUUCACAAGACAGACCGGAACCACUCAUUUUGAAGAGGUCAACAUGCCAAGUGGAACCGUGCCAUAUAGUGAUGUCACAAUGACCAGCAGCGGCGAUGUCAUAGUAACCAGCGGAACCAUUCUCAGUGAUGAUGUCAUCUCAGUGUUCAGCGACGUGAGAGUGGUCAGUGACACCAUGGUGCUGGACGACGGCCUCACCAUGCUGAUCCCAACUAUCAAUAGUGAAGAUAUGACGGACCUCUCUUCCUCGCCCUGGCUGGACCUGUCUGAGUAUAUCCCUGUGACCAUCCCUGUGCUCACAACAACCUCAGACCCUGCCACAGCCUCGCCUCCUACCACCAUUACCCCAACAACAGAAAAACCAGCCAUCACAACCAUCACCAGACCUCAGCGAAGACCAGAGGAGAACAGGGAGAACAACUCCAUCGACGUCAUAUACAACAGGGUCACUGGCGUAGACAACGACAUCUCACAGAACAAUCUGAUCCCAAAGCGUCGAGUCAACCUCCGAGAGAGAACCAAGAACAAACGCAUCCAGGAGCUUCUGGAGGAGAAGAGGAACUUUCUCCUCCGGAUGAAGAGAGGCCAUGCAGCAUGAUAGACCAAGCCUUCUCAUUUCUCUUAUAGAGAUGAACAUUAUCUUUGCAGACAUUUUAAACCCUCUGAACUACCAUGACGCUUUCUAGGCCUGUCCACAGAAAAGAAAACUCUGUCAUAUCACUAUCAGGACUGUGAGAAUAGUGUGGCCAAAUGUUUGAGCAGUCACUUUGAAAAAGAAAAAGCCCUUUAGAGUACAGAUUUAAGCAGAUUUGAAGCAAAUCGCCACGUCUGUGUUAAUACAACAAUGAGAAACAGAGGGGAUGGGAAUUGUAAAUCCAGUUUCCCAGUUUGGACAGCACUACACAAAUCCAAGCGUUCAUCCCUCCAAACCACACACAGUGACAGAUUCAUCAAUGAUGUUGUUUGUAAAAUGGUAUUAUCCCUACUGGCGCUUAUGGAGCAACACAAUCUACCACCUAGAAAUCUUCAUCUCCAUAUGAAAUUACAGCCCAGGACUACAGCUCUUUUCCCCACCAACAGAUAUAUCUCAUUCCCUAUUGGUAAGGCCAAUGUUCCUUUGGGUUUAAUUGAAUUGUGCAAAGUUUACACUACUUUGACUGUUGCCUUUUCCGAAGUAAACGCCAUUCUGACUACGUGGGGUUUCUCAUCUUUCAGGAAGUUAAGAUGCAGCAUGUUGAGAGACAUUGCCAAACAUUUGGUGCUCCCUGAUUGUUGAUGAUAUAUUUUUGAUAUCUCACUAAGCCAGGUGGGAAAACAAAAUAAGUGAAGACAAGAAAAUAUAUUGAUUGCAUUUUCUUUUUUUAUGGUCAGUCAAGUACAGUGCUUUUUAUGUCUGUUGCUAAAAGUGGUGUCACUUGUGCAUUUAUUUAUGUAGAACAAUUUAAAUUAAAUAAACAAGCCUGUUUGUAUUAACUCUAUCCAAAUAGAAGCUUUGGGGCCAGUUUGUUUUCUUUUGUAAUUUUUGUAUUAUUGGUACAUCUCAACCUUUCAGCAGCUGCAAAAGCAU